AUGCAACUUCCUCCAAUUAUGGACCGUGCAGAAUUCGACCGGGUUGAAGAUCAUAUAGAGAUCGACCUCGAAGACGGCUAUUAUGACACAACUCCUAUUGAAGAUGAGGUUGAGUAUUUUGUUAUGAAGGCUAUAUUUUCUACCAACCCUACUUUGUCUCCCAAUGACUAUAUUGUUAGCGCCAUCUAUAGUGAUAAUGCAAGACUUGCAUUCUUUCAACCCGGAGACACAACUUGGACUUACAUAGAUAAAGAGAGAUUUAUCCUCAUUUAUGAUGUUAUAUAUUAUAAAGGACAGAUUUUUGCGGUUGAUCAUUGGAGUCAAAUCAUAAUGGUUGAUCUUAACAAAAGGGUUGGGGAGAGUAAGGCUCCGCAAGUGAAGGUAAUUGCACCGCGGAAUGAAGUGGCAUUUGAACGGACUUAUCUUGUCGAAUCAUCUAGUGGGGAUUUACUUUUUGUGCAAAGGUUUAUAGGAUGUGAUGAUGAUAAUGAUUGUCAACAUACAACUUCAAAGUUUAAGGUUUUCAAGUUGCUCUUAGAGCAACUUGAGGAGGGUUGGCCUAAACAGGUUGAAUUGAAGAGCUUGGGUGGAGACUCCCUAUUUCUGGAAGAUAACCAUUCAAUUUGUGUUUCAGCUUCCAAAUGGCCCGGCUGCCAGCCAAAUUCCAUAUACUAUAGCGAUGAUUAUAUUGACAUACAAUUCCAUCCCCCAUCUAGGCAUUGUGACAUUGAUAUUUUCAACGUAGAGAAUGGAAGCUUUGGGACGCAUUACACUCUUGACCCUUCACAUAAGCAUAUGCCACCCUCAAUUUGGAUUGUGCCAACUAUGUUAGGAAAUUGA